AUGUCAGACGCCUAUGAGCGCGAACGCCAGAACAACUCCCGCCUUUCUGAUUUAUCUGCGAAGGUCACAGCGUUGAGGGGGGUAACGAUAGAUAUCUAUGACAAUGCUCGCCAGCAAGAUGUAAUCGAUAAUACAUCCGACACAUUCUCCUCUAUGGGCACAAGUCUCAAAGGUUCUGCCGGAAGAUUGGGAAGAAUGGCAGCGAGCGGGAAUAAAGUCGCUGUGUUCAAGUUGUCUGGCAUAAUAAUCGCAGUUAUUUUAGCACUUUGGUUCUUAUGGGGAUUGUUUGUAUAA